CGGAUCAAGAGCAAAGGGGAAAAAGACACAAGAGGCAUGGUGGAGGCAGGGGACGGAGGUUUGAAAUUGUGAGGGAGAAGCGAAACAAAAGCCCCGAGGGGAGCGGGGGGAGAGAGGGAGAUAGCGAGCGGAGUAAUUGCGUUUUUGUUGGGGUUUUCGUCCUGAUUCGGGAGUGGAGGUUGAGUGGGGGGAGAAAUCAUCCUGUUUCUCCGGUGCUGCUCGCUUUUGAUGCGUUUCUUGGGCGAUUUCUGCUGCCGCUGCCGCUUCUAGUGCCUUGAUUCGGAGCAGGCUUUGCUUUGGUUUCGGGUUCUUUCGCCUUUCCUUUCGCCAGAGAUCGCCGGCUUUUGCCGCUGCCCAGGCGUGGCCGUGCCGUCCCCUCUUCCCUUGAAAAAUCGCGCGAAGUCUGGGUUCUUUUCACCCCCGUCCCUCGGUGCGGCACCGCCAAAAUCUGUCCUUGGCGCCUGCGAUUGGUGCUGUUUUCGGGGCCGGGAGUGUGAGAUUUCGACAGAUUUCUUGGGGGGAUUUUGAGGCCUCCUGGUGCCUGGUCGCGUAAUUCGGGGUUUGGGUGGGUGUCGCUUUCGGGCCCUUGCCGAGCCAGGGGGGUUCAUGCGCCUGGAGUUGGCGCUGAUUUGAUGAGAAAUGGACAAGUUCCUGGCCUCCACGGCGCUCUGCUGUAAGAUUUGGCGUAUUGCCGUGUGAGCCCUUGCGUGCGCUCACUGGUUUGGUCCGGUGGCUUGUUGAUUCCUCGGCGGUGAUGCUCACUGCAGCCGCCGUGAUGGCGCCAGUCCCGGCCGCUCCCAAGAGCUCCCUCGAGGUCUUGCUCGAGACCAUAAAGAAGCGCGACGAGCGGCCCAAGGAUGAGCCGCCGGCAUUGCCGGCCCGCCCGACGUGCCGUGGCCGUCUGCCCAGGGCAAGACGGUCGCCGACGCCUCCUAGGGUUCAUCUCGAGGAUGGAGUGGCAGAGGGUGCUGCAGCGGAUACUGACAAGAAGCCGGAAGCUGUACCGGAUACUGACAAGAAGCCGGAAGCUGUGAAUGAGAAUAAGCCAGAGAUUGAGAAGGAGAAUACGCCAGAGGUCAAGAAGGAGAUUGGUGGGCAGGAGGCCAAGGAGGGGAAGGCUGUAAAUGGUCGCAUCUUUGGGGCCAAGAGAAAGCUAUGCAGUGUGGAACCAGUGGACGAGUCUCCAUAUGUUGAGAACCUCCACGAGGAAAGGAAGGAUGCAAUGGCCUGCAAGGAGCCUCCCUCUCCUUAUUUUUCCUCAGCAAGAGCAAAGAGAAAUGGGAAGCCAGUGUUUACUGAUUCCAUGGACUAUGUCCUCCAGAAGAAGCUACGGGUUUGGUGUUCUGCAUCAGAUGAGAAGUGGGAACUUGGACAGAUUGAAUCAAUUUCUGGAGAUGACGUCGAAAUACACCUUGUUAAUGGAGAAGUUUUGACGCUGCCACCAGAAAGACUUUUGCCUGCCAACCCUGAUAUUCUAGAUGGAGUGGAUGAUUUGAUCCAGAUGAGCUACUUAAAUGAACCUUCUGUCCUUUACAAUCUGCAAUACCGAUACUCUCGUGAUCUUAUCUACACAAAAGCAGGACCUGUUCUGAUUGCUAUCAACCCACUGAAAGAGGUUCCACUCUAUGGGAAAGAUUUCAUCAGAAAAUACAGACAGAAGCUCACAAAUGAUCCACAUGUGUAUGCAAUUGCUGAUAUAGCUUUUAAUGAAAUGCUAAGAGAUGGCAUAAACCAAUCUAUAAUAAUAAGUGGUGAAAGUGGAGCAGGAAAAACUGAAACAGCUAAAAUUGCGAUGCAGUAUUUGGCUGCUCUAGGGGGAGCUAAUGGAAUGGAGUCUGAAGUUCUACAGACCAAUGUUAUUCUGGAAGCAUUAGGGAAUGCAAAAACAUCAAGAAAUGAUAACUCGAGCCGAUUUGGCAAACUUACUGAAAUGCACUUUUCUGAAACCGGAAAGAUUUGUGGCGCUAAAAUACAAACAUUCCUGCUUGAGAAGUCGAGGGUUGUUCGGAGGGCACCAGGAGAGAGAUCAUAUCAUAUUUUCUAUCAGCUGUGCUCUGGAGCUUCUCCUCUUCACAGAAAAAAAUUGUUACUGAGAGACGCCAAUUACUAUAAUUACUUGAAGCAGAGUUCUUGCUUGAGAAUUGAUGGUGUUGAUGAUGCUAAAAGAUUUUCAUCAUUAUUGGGUGCAUUGGAUAUUGUUCAGAUAUCUGGGGAAAACCAGAUGGAAUUAUUUUCUAUGCUUGCAGUUGUCUUGUGGCUGGGAAAUAUUUCAUUCUCUGUGAUAGACAAUGAAAACCAUGUGGAAGUUGAUUCAAAUGAAGGGUUGGCUAAUGCGGCAAAGCUGUUAGGUUGCAGUGUUCCUCAAUUGGUGAUUGCUCUCUCAACUCGUAAAAUCCAAGCUGGAAAGGAAAAUAUUGUUCAAAGAUUGACGUUAACCCAGGCAAUCGAUGCAAGGGAUGCUCUAGCGAAGUCAAUCUAUGCUCAUCUGUUUGACUGGAUUGUUGAGCAAAUUAACCACUCGCUUGGAACGGGGAGACAACGUACACGAAGAUCCAUAAGUAUUUUGGAUAUUUAUGGCUUCGAGUCUUUCAAUAAAAAUGGCUUUGAACAGUUCUGUAUAAAUUAUGCCAAUGAAAGACUGCAACAGCAUUUUAACCGACAUCUAUUCAAACUAGAACAGGAGGAGUACCUGGAUGAUGGAAUUGACUGGGUCAGUGUAGAAUUUGUGGACAACACUGACUGUUUAUCUCUCUUUGAGAAGAAGCCUCUAGGGCUAUUGUCUUUGCUGGAUGAAGAGUCUACGUUCCCAAAGGCAACAGAUCUUUCCUUUGCUAACAAACUUAAGCAGCACUUGAGUGGAAACCCUGGAUUUAAGGGCGAACAGGAUGGUGCUUUUAAGAUUUGUCAUUAUGCUGGAGAGGUUUCAUAUGAUACAACUGGGUUCUUGGAGAAGAAUAGAGAUCCACUGCACACCGAGUCAAUUCAAUUACUCUUUUCGUGCAAAAGUGAUCUUCCAAAAGAUUUUGCGUCUGUCAUGAUUGCUUAUUCUCAGAAUAAAUCAAGUUUGUCAUGUCACUUAUUAGUUGAUUCACAAAAACAAAGUGUUGUGAACAAAUUUAAGGCUCAACUAUUCAAGCUAAUGCAGCAAUUAGAGAAUACAAGUCCUCAUUUCAUUCGAUGCAUCCAGCCAAAUAACAAACAACGCCCGAGGCAAUUCGAACAUGACCUUGUCUUGCACCAGCUUAAAUGCUGUGGGGUGUUUGAAGUUGUGAGGAUAUCAAGAGCAGGCUAUCCAACUCGGAUGACACACCAACAGUUUGCUGAAAGAUAUGGAUUUCUUCUCUCUCAUUCUGUCGCAUCUCAGAAUCCACUUAGUAUUUCAGUUGCUGUAUUACAACAAUUCAGUAUACCCCCAGAAAUGUAUCAAGUUGGCUACACAAAAUUGUUUCUUCGUACGGGACAGGUUGCUGCACUGGAAAAUGCUAAAAACCGGAUGCUCCAUGGAGCUCUUCGGAUUCAGAGAAACUUCCGUGGGUUGCAUACUCGACGAGAAUAUUACACACUGAAGAAAGGAGCAACAGCUUUGCAGUCAUUUGUAAGAGGUGAAAAGGCAAGAUUUCGAUUUGAUUACCUUUUCAAGAGAUGGAGGGCAGCUGUUCUCAUACAGAAGUACACUAGGCGUCGACUUGCAGCCACCAUGUUUACUGAUCAGCUAAAAAAUAUUGUUGUUCUACAGUCUGUGAUGCGUGGGUGCCUGGCCAGGAAGAAAUUCAAGUGCUUGCAGGAAGAAAAGGAAUCUAAAGUCAUCAACAGCAAAGUUAGAAGGGAUGUAAGGAAUAAUAUUUCACAAGUGAGGUUAUGCCAUGAAAUGAAUGGCGAGUAUCCUCGCCAACCAGUUGUCACAGAACUCGAGGGGCGCGUUUCGAAAGCUGAGGCUUUAUUACGAGACAAAGAGGAAGAAAAUGCGAUGCUGAAGCAACAAUUGGAACAGUAUGAGAAUAAAUGGUCAGAAUAUGAGACCAAGAUGAAAGUUAUGGAAGAGGCAUGGAAGAAACAGCUCUCUUCUCUGCAGUUGAGUCUUGUGGCUGCUAAGAAGAGCCUAGCUGCUGAUGACAUGGUCACCCGAGCAGCUCGGACUGAUACCACUCCAACGCAUGCUCAAUACGACUCUGAAGAUACAAUGUCCACAGGGACCCAUACCCCAGAAGGGACAGAGUUGAAAUACCAAAACCACAACCCUGAACCUAGACUGGCGACAGGAAACUCAGAUAGGCGGAUAAAUGCUGUGAAUCACCUAGCAAAGGAGUUUGAGGACAGGCGACAGGUAUUCGACGACGAUGCUGGCUUCCUUGUCGCCGUGAAAUCCGGACAGAUUGGUUCAAAUAUGAAUCCGGACGAUGAACUCAGGAAGCUGAAGGACCGGUUCGCUACAUGGAAGAAAGACUACAAAUCUCGGUUGAAGGAAACGAAGGUAAACCUUCAGAAGGUCGGCAGUCAUGACGAGAAAUCUCGGAAAAGAUGGUGGGGGAAGAAGAGCUCCAAGUGAACGCGGACGUUACAAGGUCAGAGCAUUUCCUCAUAUUUUGAGUGCCAUUGCAUCAAAGGAAGAGAGAUCAAGAAAUGGCAGGAGAGAAGGCGGUUUUGUGAUUCUCGCUCUCUAUCGCAAGCAAGCCUGGUGAGAUGGCGGCGACGACGAACUCCAUCGCCGAUACCUGCGCGUCCAGUUUUUCGGGAGUGUCUGAAAGGGUUGCAAGAGGCACAGCAAGAGAUCUGUACAUGUAUGUUAGUUCUGAGUUGUCAGUGUAUGUAUGUGUAUGUUGUCGUGUAUGUAGAGCGAUGAACCGGAAAUAUGACAGGGUAAUUAAAUACAGAUUAUCCGCCGAGAGCGAAUAGAGAUGCAACAGCAGGACUGUAAUGUGUACAGCAAAGAAAUCGUUGGAAUGUGCAAGGCGUUUGAAUCCAUUGUUUCCUUCCUUA